CAUGCAAAUAUGACAUGUCCGAAUAACAUAUCGCCCGGUAACUUCCUCAUGGAUUCCUUAAUGGGAGGAUCGUCUUCAUACAGGGCCGAGGGCUAUUCCAGCAACCCGGGAAUGUACAUCCACUCAGCUGCAGAGUACGGAUACUCAGUGAUGAGGAAUAUUGGGAAGGUCGGAUCAUCUGCACUCUCCAAAAGAGACGAGGUUCCUCCGAGCGCCGCCUCGCUCGGCGGCUUCCAGGAUGCGCCCUACCUGUCGGCGCAGCUGGCCACAUGGACCCCAGGCUCCAAAAGCAGCAGGGACGAGCAACCUGUUGCCCACCAGUGUUUACAGCCCUGCUCGUUUCCAGCGGGCAGCGUCAAGGAGGAGGCGUUUUGUUGCCUCUAUCAAGACGAGAGCAAUAAGGGAAAACAGACAACAGAGUCGGCCACUUACAUCCGGCUCGGAGACAAUAGCUGCCGGCGGCCUGAGCAGAGUGUAGCCUCGUCCAGCGGCGGCUAUUUCCAGGUGUACGGCGGGGAGAGGCCGCAGCAGGACGAACAGCAGCAACAACAGCAGCACCAGCAGCUGCCCUCCGGCUUUACUCUGACCCACUUGGCGUCAUCUGUUGAAACAACAGCAGAAUCGACAGUGAGCUGCAGCAAAAGCGCGCAGGAGGCAGCCAGAGAGGCUCCCAAAACAGAGGAGGAUGAGAGCAGGAAGGAAGAGAAGGCCAAGAGUGACAGCUGCUCAGAUAACUCAGACGGAGAAUUAAAAGAUGAUUUAUCCGCGGAAAAGACAACGGGAAGCUGGUUAAAAGCCAAAAGCGGAAGGAAGAAGCGGUGUCCUUACACAAAGCACCAGACGCUGGAGCUGGAGAAGGAGUUCUUGUUCAACAUGUAUCUGUCUCGGGAGCGCCGCCUGGAGAUCAGCCGCAGUAUCAACCUGACCGACAGACAGGUCAAGAUCUGGUUCCAAAACAGACGCAUGAAGCUCAAGAAGCUCAACAGGGAGAACCGAGAAAGGGAGCAGAGCGCAGUUUACAACUACUCCUGAGGACACUUUCAGCUGCAAGACACACUCACUCACUCACACACAGACAAGACAGGGGGCCGCUCAUAAAUAUACAUGCAUGCGUCAUUUUGUAAUGCCUUUAUCAGUCUUCUGCUCAUGCGCGCACACGCACACACACACACAAACAAACACACGCACGCACACAGUUAGGGUGCCUUCAAAUGUGAACAGAUAAGCUGCAACUUGCAAAGAAAAUUGGAAGAUUGAGCUGCAGCUGUUUUUGUCUCUUUGACUAUUGAGGCAGCCUCAGUCAGAUGGCAAAUUUACAGUGACACUUUUCACACUGCUGAGCUGUUCUUAAUGUUUUGUCACUUGUGUGGUGCUGCUUCUUCGUUUUGUGGUGUCCGUGGCAUUUCCGCGCUGUGUAACGUGCAUGCACAAGGUGACAUUAAGCUCUGUCAUGCUAAGCAGUUCCAUAAUAAUAAUAAAAAAAAGGAGGAGAAAAA